AAACAAGAGAGAAAAAGAAAAAACUUCCCACCUGUGAUGCUAUUUUUUCUUCUUUUCUUUUUAUAACAUAUAAAAUAAUGGAAGACACAACAGAAUAUUGGAGAAUUAUGGACUAUCCACCUUUCUUUAGUAACAUUGACUGGAAUGAAAACCAGUCUGCCUCUACUUUUAUACCCAUGGGAUUUGACCAGCAAAAGAUACCACCUUCUUAUCAAAACCCACCUCCAUUUCAACGCAGAAGAAGUUCCUCUGUGGAUUUACCUAUCAAUCCACUCUAUUUAAAUUCAAACAAAUUUAUUUUUGGUAAUGCAGACAAUACGAUUCAUGAAGAAGAACACGUACCAUCUAAAGUGGGUUCUUCAGCGACACUUGAAUUCCCUAGCAACACAAAUAACAAUAACAACGAUAAAAACCAUAGUCCUCAAACGAAUGGCCCAAACAAAUUGACUUUGCCAUCUCAAUCACCUUCUUUAUCGACAUGUUCUUCGACGAACAAUGAUGAACAUAUGAUAUCACCGCCCCUAAGUCACCAUGGUCCUUUAGCGCCAAACCAACCCAUGAAGAAGCCUAUCGAAAAGCCAGUCUCUCCCAAGAAAUCACCAACACCACCAGAAUCCAUGACAACUACAUUCUUUCCUGAAUUGCAUCGUACAUCGUAUAACACUAUUUUAGGAAAGCAACUUAGGCAGCACCAAAAAAGAAGACGAUCUUCUUCUUUACCGCCUGCAUUCCAUGCAACCAACAAACAUGUCAAUACAAACAAAGGACCUACGCCACUCAUAUUUACACAGAUUCAAGUCACUGAUCCUACACCUAUUCAACAUACUCAAAAAGCAGCCAAAGUAGAUGCACGUCCCAUUGCUAUCGAACGAGUACCUAAAAAGCCACAGGUUACUAAGCCAAUGGAUAUAGAUCCAGUAGAGACACAAAGGAAAUUGGACGAACAGUUGCUUCAAUUAAAUUUUGAAGAUGUUACAGUAGCUGAAUUGAAAGAAAUGCUAAAAGAACGUGGCCUCUCAAGCACAGGCAAAAAAGCCGUUUUGUUAGAUCGAUUGAAGGAAGCAAGAGAUCAGUUGCACAGGAACCAUUCUUUAUGGUCAAAGAGGCCCUCUGAUGAAUUGAGUACAAAUGCCUCACCUGCUAUUCAAGGCAUCGCAGAUAUGUCUAUUCAUUCACCUGCUGUACCAGUCAAAAUGUCUUUUUCACCUGUCGUUCAUCCUGUGGAUACACAACAGAAUAAACUGACACCUUCUGAUUCUCCUCAAGACUAUAAUUACCAGCCACUGCAACCAACUAUGGACACAAAUGACUUUAAUGAUUUAUUUGACUUUGAUACAAUACUCGAUGGUAAUGCCAUCUUAUUUCCAUCAACAAAUCAACAACAACAAUCAUCCCCACAUCAACCACAACCACAAGAUUGGGAUAUCAACUGGGAUCAAGACAAACUAGACCACUUUUUAACAGAAUUAGUAUAAUUCGUUUAUGAGUUCUUUUGAUAAUAUGCUUUUGUCAACAGAGAUAAGUUCUUUGGAAAAUAAAUCUUGAAAACUUGAAACCAAGUUGGGAAUCACAUCUUGAGAUGUAAUGUUCUUGCCAAGUUCUUUUGAAAGAGAUGUUACAUCUUUUUCUACUAACCCGCAAGGUACAAUUUGUUUAAACCAAUCAAGAUCCACAUUA